AUGAACCUCAGCAGCUGCAGUAUCACCGCCUAUGAAAGCUUUCCACUUGUCCAGCUGUGCGUUUACAUCCCCGUAUUGCUUUUGGGUGUUUUGCUGAACGCGUUGGCGCUGUGGGUGUUCUGCUGCAAACUCGGCAAAUGGACGGAAACCAGAGUAUACAUGGUCAACUUGGCCGUGGCUGACUUCUUGCUGCUCUUUACUUUGCCUUUUAAAACUUUAUCCCAGUUCCAUCAGCUGAAGGUAGGCAGAUGGUGCCUGGCUCUGGAAGGUGGCUAUUUCAUUAACCGCUUAAUGAGCAUCGGUAUCAUCACUGUGGUAGCUGUGGAUAGGUACCUCGCCAUCAAGUACCCUUUGAAAGCCAAAGUGCUGAGGUCCCCACUGAAGGCAGCUUUGGCCUCUGGAUUUCUUUGGAUAGUCAUCAUCUGUGCGUUAUCCCUCAUUAAAAAGUUGGAGGACCGAGGACAAGAUGAACUUUGCUUUGAAAAAUCUUCCGUUAAGCCCUCAGUGAUCACACUGUGUGCUAUCAUUGUAGGGUUUUUCAUACCUCUGAUCAUCUUGAGUUACUGCUCCGUACAAGUCAUUGCAGAACUCAUGAGAAAGAAGAGUGAAGACUGUCACAAGGAAAAGUUAAUCAGGAAGGCCGUCUACAUCGUGUCUGGAAACAUGGCUGUGUUCAUCGUGUGCUUUUUGCCUCUUUACCUUGGGCAUCUCCUUCGCUUUAUAAUGGACUCCACCAGCUCCAACUGCUCUGCAAUACAGAGGGUGAACAAUUUUGUUCACCUCGCCUCAGUCCUCGCAAACACAAACUGCUGCCUGGAUGCUAUUUGCUAUUACUUUGUCACCAAGGAAUUUAAGGAAGCAUCACCCAAGCUGGCGAAGUCCAAAUCCGAAACCAGUGAAGAAGCUGAAAUUCAGCUCCCGUGCAUCACACAUCAGUGA